AUGUUCCUCUACCAGCUGCUCAACUUUUUCUUCGCAGCUUCCAAAAAGGAGGAAGAGGAGGAGGAAGACUCCAAAAAUGACCUGUCACUUUUCAAGCGUGGCGAUCUGUUAGAAGUUCCCAGGACGUUAUUCACACACUUUGGCAUAUACCUGGGCGACAACCGCGUGGCUCAUCUCAUUCCAGACAUCCUGCCUGUAAUGACCGGGGAUAGAAAUGCUAUUGCCAAAAUGGUAACGAAUAACCGCCUCCUGCUGGGGGUUAUCACCAAGACCGCCAGUGUCAGAGUGGACUCUGUGGCAGAUUUCGCCUACGGCUCAGAGAUUGUCAUCAACCACAUGGACAAAGUGUGCAGCCAGCCUCCGCUAGAUGGGGAUGAGGUGGCGCGAAGGGCAGAGAAACUCCUGGGCUCUGUCACCUACAGUUUACUGUGGUACAACUGCGAACACUACGUCAUGUACUGCAGAUACGGCAUGGCUAUCAGCUACCAGACAUACCAGUUCUGCACAACGGUGAGGAAGAUUGUCUGCAGUAGGAUGAGCGCCUAUCUGAGCACACUAUGUGGUGUGGGAACUAUGUUGUAUCUGGGCUGUGUGACACCACUGACACUUUUACCAACCCUGCUCAUCUCAUUCACCAUCUGGAUGGCGGCCUAAAGGCCUCGUGAGUAAAGACGAGUGGUGUGACUCAAUACACAGGGAAAUGUAUGUUUUACAUUCUUUCGUCAGUUGUAUACUUGUUUUUUAAUAUAUAUAUACAUAUAUAUGCAGAGAUUCUUGCAUCCUUUAUUUGUUUAUUAGAACGUUGCAGAAGGUAACUCAUCUUAUUUCUAUCGUAAUCACCAAGUCACAGGUGAAGGUGUUACACCAAUGGAGGCCUACAAUUCUCAUUAUUGAGGUUUUACCUGGAUAUUAUAACAUGGUAUUACUGUCAUUUCCUUAUUACUACCAAUAAUUCACAAUCCACAUUAGAGAAGAUAGCACUACCUUAAUAUUGCCCCAUUACAAUGUGAAUUGUUACUUAAAGUGACUUUUUCCUUUUACAUUUUGUAAUUUUGUCAUUCUCAGCUUCUUCUUCUGGAAAAACUUUUCAACUAUUGUCCUUUUCUGCUGUCAUUAAAUGUGUACGAAUCCCAAACUCUUUCAAAUCAAAACAAUCAAAUGUUUUAAUAUAUAGAAUGUACAAUAUCAUAUUGACAUUUUAAGACACGUGUCGCAAUGUUUACGAGGACAGUCCAGUGUUUUUCAUGGAGGUGGUGUUGGGAUAUGAUUUUGUUUUCCCCCUCCCCAGCUCUGACUUACUGUGUUGAUAUUUCACAUUGAUCUUGUUUAAUAAUAGCAGCACAGUUGUAAUCUCUCGAGGACUGAAAUGAAGCUCAGCAGAGGCGUUUAGAUGAAACUGACCUAUGAUCUCAUCUAUACGUAUGUAGCCGGAGCUUAUAUAAAUGUCACACUGCUUUUCUAAGGGCGGGAUGGUUCUAAAAGUAACCAGUGCGAUACAUCUCUUUUGUCAAAGUGCAGUAAACUUCUCACAUUAUAUUACUUUGAUCAAUUAUAUUGGAAAAUGUCACACACAGCAUGUUUUUCAUUAAAGAGGUUUUUCUAUCUA